UUGACCUCCAGCCACAGACGGCGCUGGCUCUAGUCGGAGAUGCACACAAACAGCUGACAGAACGAGGAGCUGAGCCAAAAUCACUCCAUGAGCUUCCAGCGCAGGACCCAGUCAACAUGGACAACGUGAACAACCCGUUUAAUCCCAGCCUGGAAGCGGUUCUGAAGAAACUGGAUCCGGAGGAUGGAGAGCAGAUCAUGGAGUACUUUAAAACCCACGCACUGCUGAGCAGAGAAAAAGCUUUGUUGCAGGCAUCCGUAAGAGAACAGAAGAAGCUGCUGGUUGAAAAUGCCAAACUGAAAAAGGACAUUGAACAGCUGAGAGGUCAACUGCAGGAAAAGCAGAAGAGACGGACCGCCAAAGCUUUGCUCUCUCAGGCCCCGCCUCCUGAGAGUGUAAGCCCCGCCCUCACCAAACCUGACACUGAACCCGCCUCCCCCUCGGGAGCAACAGCGGCUGUUCCUACAAACCGUCCUCCUCCCUCUGCUUCCUCGAGAGAGGGCAGAGACAGACCAAGCAGGAGGAGAAGAGGAGAAAGAAAACCACGUCCCAACUCAGACCCUCUCCCUCUGGGGGCGGAGUCUCUGAUUGAUGUGUCACGUCUGGAUCUGCGUGUUGGAAGAGUCCUCAGCAUCCGCCGCCAUCCACUGGCUGAAGCCAUGAGUGUUCAGGAGGUGGAUGUGGGAGAAAUCUGCCCCCGGACAGUUGUCAGCAAUCUGGGAGGGGUUAAAGAUCUCGACGAGCUGCAAGGCUCUCUCGGAGUGUUUCUAUGCAACGUCAAGGCCUCGAAAAUGAGGGGCGUGGUCUCACAGGGCCGCCUCCUUUGUUGCUCCGCCUCUGAUGUCCGUGUGGAGCUGCUGGUUCCACCUUCAGGCUCCGUCCCUGGAGACAGAAUCACUUUCCUGAACUACCCUGGUGAGCCGGAUCGUGAGCUUUCAUCCAAACAGAAGAUCUGGGAGCUUCUGCAGCCUGAUAUGCAGGUGGACACCAAAGGCGUGGCCAACUAUAAAGGAUGUGGGUUUGAGGUGAAGGGGAAGGGACUGUGCAGGGCUCCCUCUCUCACUAACUGUACCAUCAGAUAGAAGCAAGUCGUUUUACUUUUUUGCGUGAAAAACCACCUGCCUGUCGAUAAUUUGUCUAAAGACUGCUGGUACAGGUUGAUGAUUGAAAGUCCUCUGUUUCUUCUGUUGCUGUGGAUACAUAAGAACUGAUGGAUGAAAGGCAAAUAUUGAAAUAAACACAGGAAAGGAUAAUA